AUGGCAGAACUGCAAAUGACAGGCAAUCUCGCCGCUGUCAGAGCUGAGGCUCAGACUACAGGCACGUCAGCUUCUAUAACAUCGAUCGAGAGACCACUACUUCGCGAUACGGCUACGGCAAACCAAUCAACCUUACCGAUACUUGACCUCGCGAAAUCGAACAGCCUGUCUGGCGCUCCAGACGGGUAUGUCACACCCUUCCUCAACCGCCCGGCGGAAAUACGCAAUGCUAUCUACGAGACCCUGUUUCAAUACGACGAUCCGAUCGUUUUGAUGGGACGUCAUCCCUGGGCAAGUCCAAGGCUAGCCUGUCCAAUCCCUGGUGUCAAUUUUCUCUCUUCUUGUCAUCAAGUGUGGUCGGAAGCCGCAGCAAUGCUUUACUCCCGGAACACGUUCUUGGUCUGCUUUCCUAUGGCCAAUUGCGAACAUACUCCGUACCUGCAUCGCAUUGAAAAGUGGCUAUACAAGAUCGGAACUCAUGAGGCUCUGCUCCGGAGGUUAUCGAUUGACCUAGGCCCUCCCUGCCCAGCACGAUUGCCUCGGCGACUCGAUGUAGCCCCCCUUGGGAAUUGGAUCUGGUCGAGAACAAACUCGAAGCUGCAAAUUCUUUUUGUGGAAACAGAUAGGACAGACCAUGACCCGAGCAGUCGUCACCUGCAUCCGUCAUCAACGGUCCAAAACUACGGUGUCGACGUCCUGAACUCAAUGCUCGCAUGUUUAGAAAGGGAGCGAUUAACUACCAUCGGUUUAUACUUACGUCCUUCGAAGGUGUUGGAAAGCGUCAUUCUGUCGAACGACGGUAAUCGCGUUACAUUUCUGCUCAGCACUGAUACUCAUAAGCCAUCGCGUGACCCUGCCAGAAUCGUGUUGGAAGUAUCCAACACGGGAGGACUGCAGCGAGUAUACUCAAAACGUCAACCGAUCCGUCUUGCAGAGCUCAUGUAUCGCUAUCCAAGGAUCGAGAAGAGGUUCUCGACCCUUGUUGGGGGCGCUGGUCACCAACUCAAAUAUAAUCUGAACAAGAACACGUUAUCUGAGUCACUUCCGGAAACUUUUGCAAUCAACAAAGAAAUCCGGGAACUUGCAUUGGAUUACUUCAAGAGGGAAAUUAUUGUGGAGAUGUCCACACAAGAGCCCAGAGCUACGUUUGGAGACUUCCAUGCUUUGCAUGGAUGGAUUGAGAACAUAAGGCCGUUUAGUCAGGUUGAUGGCAUUCAGCAAGUCUUUGACGCUCCGACCAUCAUCUUGCUUUAUGAUCUGGCUGGGAGGGUGAACUUGAACAGUGUCCGAUAUCAAGCUACCAACCUUGUCCGGAAAGCGUCGCUUUUACUCGAUACAUCUACGACUAUUUGUGUUCAGUUGACAUGUCCAGAGGAUUCGGUCAUCAAACAGGAACUUGGUGUGACAUCUUUAUAUGAACUUCAGCGGCGCUGUCUGUUGGUCCUCGAAGCACUUUUGGAUCAACACCCUACCAGGCGAUCUUUACCUUGUCCAGACAUCUGGGUCGAUUACAGAGGUUUGCCAUGCGAAAUUGAGUUUCGUCUCGAGAAUCCCAUAGUCCUGGAGGGGGAAGCAGAUUGUGGGGGUCUUAUCUUGGACACCGAAGCUUGCAUCCAAAGGCUUACAGAAGCUUACGGUGGCAUCGACGAAGAGACUGGAACGCUGCUUGGCACGACACUAGCGCUGGCCGAUGUUUUGUGGUAA